AUGAAAAUGUUAGCUGGAGUCUAGGAAUAUCUACAAAGUACAAAUAAAAAUGUAAAUAAACAUACAAUAAAAUAGAUUAACGAAGAAUAAACAGAAAUAAAAGAAAUAAGGAUGGAGGAAAGUCUAAAUAGAUCAGAAAAUUACAUUUAAUGGUAUAAUGGACUAUAUCAUGCAUUUGAUUACCUACAACUCUAUUGAUUGUGAAAUUUUAUAGAAAUAGAUAUUUAAAGGAUUAAGAGAUUACUUGAUUAAUUUAUAAGACAAUUAUGUAUAUUUGACCCAAUAACUUGGGAAAAAAUUAUAUUCAGAAAUUUAGUGCAAUAAGGAUCACUCUAGCCCUUUCUUCUAUUAUUUGAAUAGCAGAGUCAAGAAAAGAAUUAGAUGGGAGGUGGAAUAUUUUCCUCAGAAAGAUGGAAAGAAACGAAGUUACUAGAAACCAUAGUAAUUCUCCCUUAUGCAGAUGAUGUAGUAAUAAUAGCAAACCAAGAUAUGGUUCAUAUGAGUGAAAAAAUCUCAUAGAAAUAGCUGUACAUUUAGUUUUAAAGGUAACUUUUAGAAUAGUUCAUAUUUGAGAAUCUGGAUAACAAUAAGAGUUAAUCUAAAACACAAUAUGGAAAUAACCAUAAUUUAUGCAAAAAUAUAAAUUAUUAUCGUUAGAUGUGCUACCAUUCACAAGGUACUGUAAUCUGUUAAUGUAAAUGAAAAGAAAACAACUACAAUAAAAUGGCAAAAGAUAAGAAGGAACUCAUUUAGAAUAGUAUAGGGACUAAACAAGAAUUUUCCAAAAAGAGUUGUUGAUAGCUUAAUUGGUUGACUUGAAUUUUGACGAAAAAAAAAAUAGAUACCUAAGAAGAUCAUUCAGGAAUGAAAUUUUUAGAAGGAGUGUAUAUGACCUUGAUGAGGAGGAGAAGCUUAUAAAAAUUUUCACUUAUACAAUUACAUCUAAUUUCAAAUAUCGAUUUUAGGAAGGUACCAAUACAAGUGCAGGUAACUGGGAAGGAGGCGCAUCAAGAUACUAGAAAUUUAUAGAAACUCAAAUGGAAUAUAUUUGCGAAAUGAACUUGAAAAGUAAGAAGAAAUUAAAGAAAUGGAACAACAAGCCAGUCAAUGGACCAAAGAAGAAGGGGAAAGAAGAAAGUUCAUUCUCUAUAAGAAGAGUAGUAGGAAAUUCGUUCUUUGAACUUCCAACAAAUGGAUAAAAAAAAAAAAAGCGAAAUCCAUAGUAAGAGACUGACAUUAAUGCACAUAUGGGAUCAUCUAUGGGGAAAAGUCGGAAACUGAAAGGAAGAAGUAGAGAAGAUACUAAAAAGAGUUGAAGAGCAUUUGCCAAAAGAAUAAAAAAACUAUCAUUUUUGAACGUGACACUUAUGAAAGAAAACAAGCAAAGAAAUUAAAUGAAAUAUCAUAACAUAAUUUUCUGUCAUAAAAAAGAAUAUUCCAAACUGCAUUUAUAUGUAAUUCUUUAUUUGAUGAGGAAUAUGGUCAAUUAAGAAAUAUUAAGCUUGAAAAGUAAAUAAAUAGAACGAAGCAAAAUUUUUUUGAUGAAAAAAAUAGUAUUUAAAAUUUAAUCUAAUAGUUGACCUUCAGAUCAAAAGCAUACAAUCAUUAAUGAAGAGUUUCAUCAAUUCAAAUUUCAGAGAGUAUUAAUCAAUAUAGAGAUCUGAUUGUUGA